ACCGGACUGACUGAAGGAGGACCGGUGCGGUGGUUCUGUCCGGUAUGAGGGGAAAACAAGGCCAUGCGAAGGCUGUCUGCGAGACCUGAGGAUGGACAGGACGGGCAGCGUCCAGGAGCCCCAGGUCCAGCUCCCAUCAGCCCGUCCAUCGGACCCUCUGCUCCAUCCUGACUCACAUAUGGAUGUGAAGGGUUAUCAGUGGGUGCGUUGGCGGCUGUGGCUGUGUCGUCUGAUGGCGCCGCUAUCCUUGGGUCUCCUCCUCCUCGUCUUUCACUGGCGUCCACGUCUGUCCAUCCUGCUCCGCUGCUGCUCGUGUCCUCUGGCUCUGGCAGAUAUUCUGCUCAUCAGAGACAGUUUUGGUGAGCAGCAUGUGGUGGAGGUCCUCACAGAGGAGAUGGAUGAGGGCAGCUGGGAGAUGUUUGGAGAGAUGGAAGACACCGAAUGGAGAGACAAUGUGGAACUGUACAAGGAGAAGAAAACUCUCCUGCGCUACUACCUGUAUGAGGGGCUGCGCUACGUCUGGUUGGACAGGAAGGGAGCCUACUGUCCAGUCAGUGUCCUCAGUGAGGACUGGACCUGCAAGGACCUGCAUGGAUUCCAAAGGGGUCUGAGUCUGGAGGAGCAGGUCCUAAGGAGACGUAUCUAUGGUCCAAACCUUAUAGAUGUCCCAGUGAAGUCUUACAUGAGGCUUCUGUUUGAAGAGGUCUUGAAUCCAUUUUAUGUGUUCCAAGUGUGCAGCAUCAUCCUGUGGACCAUCGAUAAUUACUAUUAUUAUGCCUCAUGCAUACUGAUUAUCUCCAUCCUGUCCAUUAGUAUUUCACUCCAUGAGAUCCGUAAGCAAAGUACAACUCUUCGUAACAUGGCUCGGUUUGUCACAAAUGUCACAAUACGAACCAACUCAGGAGAGGAACAGUGUGUGAGUUCACUGGACCUGGUCCCAGGUGACUGUCUGAUCAUCCCCCAGGAAGGUCUGCUGCUGCCCUGCGACGCCGCACUGCUGGGGGGGGAGUGUCUGGUCAACGAAAGCAUGCUCACAGGUGAAAGUGUUCCAGUGCUUAAAACCAGUCUUCCAUCUGCUGACGGCAGGUUCAGCGCUGACUCUGAGCGCAGACACACCCUGUUCUGUGGUACCCAGCUCAUCCAGGCCAAAGGGGGGCGCUCUGACGGCACCGGCGCUGUGGCUGUGGUAACCAGCACCGGGUUUUUCACAGCCAAAGGUCGUCUGGUCAGCUCCAUUCUGUACCCUCAGCCCACAAACUUCCGCUUCUACCGAGACGCUGCAAAGUUCCUGCUCUUUCUGGCAGCAAUAGCUUUGGGUGGAACCGUCUACAGCGUAGUGCUCCUGGUCAGGUUCAAAGCCUCCUGGUUGGAGCUGGUGGUCCGCUCCUUGGACAUUGUGACCAUCGUGGUGCCCCCUGCCCUGCCUGCUGCCCUCACCACUGGGACCAUCUACGCCCAGAGGAGGCUGAAGAAGCUGGGGGUCUUCUGCAUCAGCCCACCACGAAUCAACAUCAGCGGAAAGGUUUCUGUCUUCUGCUUCGACAAGACUGGAACUCUGACAGAGGAGGGUCUGGAUGUGUGGGGGGUCAUGGAGGGCGGACCUGCUGGAUUUUCAGAGCUGGUUCCUGAUCCCAGACGGCUGAAUCCCGGACCCAUGCUUUCAGGUCUGGCCUGCUGCCACACAGUGGCGCUGCUGCGAGGUCAGCCUCUGGGAGACCCACUGGAGCUGAAGAUGUUCCAGUCCACUGGAUGGACUCUCCAGGAACCAGAGGCUGAUGGACUGGAUUCAGAGUUUGGAGAUCACCGAGUUUUGGCCAUUAUGAGACCUCCUCCUCAGUUGGAGCCGGGCGUCGGUGGUGCUGUGGCCAUCGUUGGACGCUUCCCCUUUAGCUCCACCCUACAGAGGAUGAGCGUGGUGACGGUGGCCCCUGGGGGACAGUCCGCUGCUGCGUUCGUUAAAGGUUCUCCAGAGAUGGUGGCCAGUCUGUGCAGACCAGAAACAGUGCCGGUCCACUUCUCCUCCACUCUGGGUCACUUCUCUGCUGACGGCCUCAGGGUUCUGGCUCUUGGAUAUAAACCACUGGAUGCCAACACUGACUUCAGGAGCGUUGAACGAGAGCUGCUGGAGACAGACCUGACGUUCCUGGGUUUACUGAUGAUGAAGAACCUGGUGAAGCCAGAGAGCGCCGAAGUCAUCAACAUGCUGAGACUGGCAAACCUACGCACCGUCAUGGUCACAGGCGAUAACAUCUUAACAGCUGUGAAUGUGGCCAAAAGCUGUGGGAUGGUGGGCUCUGAUGAGAAGGUGAUCUUUGUGAAAGCCACCCCCCACACCCCCCACUCCACCCCCACCCUCAGGUUCAGCCUGGGGGACGGAGGCUCUGCCCAGGACAACACAGAGGUCUUCACCCAGGGCCUGUACCAGGCUGGCUUUGGGUAUCACUUGGCUGUUAAUGGCAGGUCCUUCGCUGCCCUUUGUGACCACUUUCCAGAAUAUCUUCCAAAGGUUUUGAUGCGGACGACAGUGUUUGCACGUAUGGCACCAGAGCAGAAAACCCAACUGGUGAAGGAGCUGCAGAAGCUGAAUUACAGAGUGGGCAUGUGCGGGGACGGGGCCAAUGACUGUGGGGCUCUGCGGGCCGCAGAUGUGGGCGUGUCCCUGUCUGAGGCCGAGGCUUCGGUGGCUUCACCGUUUACCUCCAAGACUGAAAACAUCAGCUGUGUUCCACUGCUCAUCAGAGAAGGUCGCUGCUCUCUGGUCACCUCCUUCAGUCUCUUCAGGUACAUGGCCUUGUACAGCCUCAUCCAGUUCUGCUCCGUCCUCAUCCUCUACACUAUGCAGACCAACCUGUCGGACCUGCAGUUCCUGUUCUGUGACCUGGUCCUGGUCACCCUGUUGGCCAUAGUGAUGGGCAGGGGGGGCCCCAGCUCCGCCCUGCACCCGUCCAGACCCCCGGCCAGUCUGCUGGCUCUGCCGGUCCUGGGCAGCCUCUUCAUCCACACCUGUGUGAUUGUCACGGGCCAGGUGGUGGCGCUGCUGCUCACCACAUCCCAGGACUGGUAUGUCCCACUCAAUGCGACCAGACCUGGAGAGGACAACUGGCCCAACCCAGAGGACUCCAGUGUGUUUGCCUUGUCUGGGUUCCAGUACAUCAUCAUGGCUGUAGUGGUCACUAAGGGUCACCCUCAUAAGGAGCCUCUGUACCGGAACGGCCUCUUCCUGCUCCUGCUCCUCCUGCUCUUCUCCGUCAUGGCCUGGUUGGUCUUGGAUCCUCUUCCUGCCGUCUCUUCUGUUCUUCAGCUCUUCACCGUCAGUGACAUGAACUUCAGACUGCUGCUGGUCGCCGUGGCGGCGCUCAACUUCAUGAUCAGUUUCAUGGCAGAGGUCUUAAUCGACCUGGGCGUCCUGGACUGUCUGCGUCUGCUGCGGGGGAGGCGACCUUCAAAGAAGCGUUACAAACAGCUGGACGGCGUCCUGUCCGACACGCCGUCAUGGCCGCCGCUGAACAGAACCCUGUCCCCUUCAGAGAGCUCCGUCAUCUACCUGAGCUAACGGCGCCUCACCUGCACAUGGACCAGACACAGGUGUAUGAUAGUAUGAAUAAAAACUAUUUUUUACAGGC